CGGCCCCCGCCCCGGCCCCGCGCGGUCCCCAUGCUUCUCGGAGCCGGCCUGGCGGCGCUCGCUCGGCUCCCGCGCAGCCUCCGGCCGGCUUCGCUCGCAACCAUGAGCACCGGCACUUUCGUGGUCUCGCAGCCGCUCAAUUACCGCGGCGGGGCCCGCGUGGAUCCCGCGGACUCUUCCGGCACCGAGAAGGCGUUCGAGCCGGCCACGGGCCGAGUGAUAGCUACUUUCACUUGCUCGGGGGAAAAGGAAGUAAAUUUGGCUGUCCAGGAUGCCAAGGCUGCCUUUAAAAUAUGGAGUCAGAAAUCUGGCAUGGAGCGUUGUCGAAUUCUUCUGGAGGCUGCCAGGAUAAUAAGGGAACGGAAGGAUGAAAUCGCCACCAUGGAGACCAUCAACAAUGGCAAGUCCAUCUUCGAGGCCCGCUGGGACAUUGACACUUCCUGGCAAUGCCUGGAAUACUACGCAGGCUUGGCUGGAUCCAUGGCUGGCGAAUAUAUCCAGCUCCCUGGUGGGUCCUUUGGUUACACCAGGAGAGAACCACUGGGCGUAUGCGUGGGAAUAGGUGCAUGGAACUACCCCUUCCAGAUUGCCUGCUGGAAAUCUGCUCCGGCCUUAGCGUGCGGUAACGCCAUGGUCUUUAAGCCCUCCCCCUUCACGCCCGCGUCGGUGUUGCUGCUGGCCGAGAUCUACACGGAGGCCGGCGUGCCCCCUGGGCUCUUCAAUGUGGUGCAAGGGGGGGCUGCCACCGGCCAGCUCCUGUGUCAGCACCCUGACGUGGCCAAAGUCUCCUUCACCGGAAGCGUGCCCACCGGCAUGAAGAUCAUGGAGAUGGCCGCGAAAGGAAUCAAACCUGUUACCUUGGAACUGGGAGGCAAGUCUCCCCUGAUAAUCUUCUCCGACUGUGACCUGGAGAAUGUGGUGAAGGGGGCGAUGAUGGCCAACUUCCUCACGCAAGGCGAGGUUUGUUGUAAUGGCACAAGAGUAUUCGUGCAAAGGGAAAUUCUUGAUGAAUUUACAAGGGAAGUGGUGAAGCGGACCCAAAAGAUAAAAAUCGGAGAUCCCCUCCUGGAAGAUACCAGGAUGGGCCCUCUCAUCAACCGUCCACACCUGGAGCGAGUCCUUGGGUUUGUUAAGCUGGCAAAGGAACAGGGUGCUAAAGUGCUCUGUGGUGGAGACAUAUACGUACCUGAAGAUCCCAAAUUGAAGGAUGGCUAUUACAUGAGACCUUGUGUACUGACCAAUUGCAGAGACGACAUGACCUGCGUGAAAGAAGAGAUCUUUGGACCAGUUAUGUCCAUUUUACCAUUUGACACUGAAGCUGAGGUUCUGGAAAGAGCCAAUGAUACCAGUUUCGGUUUAGCAGCUGGCGUCUUUACCAGGGACAUCCAGCGUGCUCACAGAGUGGUGGCUAAGCUGCAGGCUGGAAUGUGCUUCAUUAACAACUACAACGUCAGCCCAGUGGAGCUGCCCUUCGGUGGAUAUAAGAAGUCAGGGUUCGGCAGAGAGAAUGGCCGUGCGGCAAUCGAGUAUUACUCCCAGCUGAAGACUGUGUGCGUGGAGAUGGGUGAUGUGGAGUCUGUUUUUUGAAAAUGUGCGGCGUGGCCGGGCGUGGAGCGAGGACUGGAUCUCAAUAGAGGCCGUACAGCUGCUUUCUGUUCCAAACCCAGAAUUGUGUCUUUCGGUCCCCUCCCUAACCGAGAAUGUGCCUAAGUGCCUUUUAGAUACUAAUCAGGAAAGCUGCGAUUGUCCCCAGAGCAAAUUUUCUGUGAAAUCUUUAACACGCUUCUGGAGAACAGGGUGGGUGGGGGGGGGGGGGACCAGGGUUUUGCUGGUCCCACAGAUCUAACCCACUGGCAGUGCUCAGCCGCCGGCUUCAGCGAACUGGCUCGUGGUUCGGUUCCUGGCGGAAGAAGCCGAGACACUUUUUCUGCUCAUUGACAUGUUUAAGCCCUGGCCCCCUGUCAUUUCAUUGAGAAAGCUGACAGUCGGGAGCGAGAUGACAGGGUCACGCUCUGUGUGAGGCUUACCCUACCAGAGUAAGCACCUGGUUUCCACUCGGCGCCAGUGAAGGAGGCCGGCCUCCAGCCCUUGAACGACAGCCUGCUCUCUUUUUAAAUACACCACCGAGCUGAAUGCUGCCACGGCACACUGAAAUGAAAUAAAUCACCCUGUUAAUCUUGCA